GACCGUGUCGGUGGGAUGGUCCGGAAAUCCUGUAAUAAAAAGAGGGGCGCGGGGGAAAAGUAGGGAGAAGCUCUGGACUCAUUCUCUCUCCCUCACCCCGCACCCGCAACUUCCCCGACAGCCCUUAGGCACAUGGGCGCCGGCCCGAGCCUCUAGGAGCGGAGGGAGGCGGAGCGGAGAGGAGCCGCCGCAGCCACCUGCCGCCGGCCCGGCUCAACUCAGCACAGCGCCCGCGGCCGAGCGAGGCUGCCCUCCAAGGAUUCCUGGUCUCUGUGCAUGUGAGCUGUGACGGUGGGCAGCACCCCUAAGCCAUCACCAUGGACUUUGUUAUGAAACAAGCUCUAGGAGGGGCUACCAAAGACAUGGGGAAGAUGCUGGGCGGGGACGAGGAGAAAGACCCAGAUACUGCCAAGAAAGAAGAGGAACGACAGGAAGCCCUCAGGCAAGAAGAAGAAGAGAGGAAAGCCAAAUAUGCCAAGAUGGAGGCUGAAAGAGAAGUUAUGAGACAAGGGAUUCGAGACAAGUAUGGGAUAAAGAAGAAGGAAGAAAAGGAAGCAGAGGCCCAGGCUGCACUGGAAGCUAAUGCUGAAGGGAGCCUGACACGCCCAAAGAAGGCGAUCCCUCCUGGCUGUGGGGAUGAGGAGGAGGAGGAAGAAGAGAGCAUUCUAGACACAGUCAUCAAAUACCUACCAGGGCCCCUGCAGGACAUGUUCAAGAAGUAAUAGCUGCAGACUGUUAGAUGGGCAUAAACAGUACUGCAAAGGAUUUCUCUUUUGCCCAAUGGGGAUUUACAAUCUUGCCAUCCAUCACGCAGCCUUCCCCACCUCUGCCCUCUACUGCUCACUAGGAGUCCUUUCGCGUCCCAUUCCCUUCUGACUGCCUCUUUCCCUUCCUUCUACCCCAAGAGUCAUCCAUUCUUUUUUUGUACAUAGUCACAUCCAGUAGAUGCCUCUGAAUGGAUGUAAAGAUUAAAAAGCUGCAGACUACACAACUUUUAUUAUAAGCCAUAGUACUAUGUAUGUUCAAUAAGGCAACUGUACCUUAAGCAUAGAAAAGGAACAACCUCAUGUGCAUUUCCAUCCAAAGCAGGAAGGAGUGUUCACUAAGUGUGAACAGUGACCUCUUUAAUUUUCUUUAAUUAUCUUUUAAUUAUUAUUUAUAAUAAUUAUUAGUCAUUAUUAUUAAUGUUCUUGUUGAUUGGCUCACGCUAGCCAUUUGUUGUUGAGCACAUCUGCCCUUGGAAGGGGUAUCUCAGUUCUCCCGUGGAAGCAGAGCUUUUCCAUUUUAAUUCCAUCAUUGGCAUAAAUAAGAGAUCAUUUGGAAGGUAAAUCACGCCUGACUUACACAGCUGACAUCACUCAGAACUGUGGAAGACGUGAGUCACCUUCCCUCAGAUGCUGGUAGAAGUUAAAUGCCUCAGAAUCUAAGCAAGAGUCAUGUUACUUUGGGAAUUAGCCAUAUACUUAACUUGAAAGAGAAGAUUUGGUCAGACAGUUGCCAUACAGAGAGCUGAAACCACAGGAGAGUGCAUGGUGCUCUGGUAGAGGACCUACCCAACCCCUUUGAAGCCAAUGACCAAGUACAUAGGCCUCUCUGAUUAACUAACCUUCCUCUUUCUGCCCAGUGCCAUAUUCAGCUGUCCCAUUCCCAGCAGUGCUUGCAGGAUGGACAUUUGGUUUCCAGUAUAUUGUUGCAGCUGUGUCCUGCCCACCCCUUCCUACAGUGUGUGGGAGAGUGUGGUGGCCUGAAUGUUAGCUGUGGCCCUGGAGAUCCAGAGAUCCUGAGUAUGCCUGCUAUGUAUCAUGCUAAAUUACUAUGUUGCCUUGGUGAGGUCACUUAUUUUUCUUCCCCAUCCAGCUUCUCCAGCUGUAAAAUGUAGGUUUCAGUCUCUACCUACUAUAAAGGCAUAAAGUGAGGAUGCUUCUGUAGUGCUGUGCAGGACCUAAUUAAUAUUAUAACAGUGUGUGGCAUUCCUUGAUUCUAGUGGGGUGGUAGUAAAUCUCUCUCUCACCAUUAUCUUUUUGCCUUUCCCAGACACCGACACAGAGGGCUUCUCAAUACAGCACUGUAGGUAUUGAGUAACUGCAUAGGAUAAGCCAAAUUCUGCUGGAGUUGUUGAUGGGCUAGCACAUAUACACAGUCACAUACCUAGACAGACUUAUUUUGAACACAGACCCUCAUGACCAGGUAUGUGGCUUGUCAUCUGAAGAACCAAUCCUGGAGUUUUUGCACUUGGCUAGGUCUCUGUAGUUGCUGUUGCGAGAGCAUCAUGGCAUCUCAGUCUCACUGUCUUGUAAGAGAAUCGGGUUUUGUCUGGCAGAACUAGCAUUGCUUGUCCCUGUCAUGGGAACAACAAAAGUCUUCUAAGUACAUGGAAGAGAUUUGGAAGCAAAUAUGUGCUUUCUACUAACAACAAAAAGGAAAGUAAUCUCAAUCACUUCAUUAUGUAGCUAAAUUAAGCAUUUUACUUCAGUGGAACUUUGAUGCACUUCUUCAGUGGGACUGAGUUUAGGCAAACAUCUCAGUACUUUCCUGAAUAAUAAAUUUGAAAAGAUAUUUAUAAUCUUUUCAGGUAAGCAGAAGAAAUCUGCAUCAUGGUUAAGGCAGUGAGCUUGUGAACUCUAUGCCUUUUAGCAGCAUCUCUCAUAAUAGGAAAAAAAAUACUAUGAAAGAGAAGAAAUAUAUUUAUUUUGCCCUCCUCACCCAAUUCUUAUUCAGGUAUGAUAGUCCUUGCUUCUUCACAAAUAACUUCAACAGUAAGUUUCUACUGAAUCCAAGAUGGAGGCUGAGCAAGUUUGAUUGAUCUACAAGUCAGAACCAGCUGUUGAAGAUGCAACUUAUUUCAGGCUGGAUCUACAAACAAGACAUGUUCAUUCAAGUACAAGCUGCCAAGGGCUUCCCAGAGGAAAGAGAAGGCAGGUUUUACUCUUUUGGAUAAUGUCAGUGAUUUUUUUGCCCUAACUUUCAUUUAAAGCAAGAUGAGUGUCUCCCCCCUAAACUUUAAUGACCCAGAGCAUUCCUUUUCUCUGAAUCAAUGCUUGGGUAUAGCAUAGCAGUGUUGAACAAUUUACCAUUUUUUAGUGAGAGUGUCCUACUCACCCCAUGCAAAUUCAGCAACUAGUAAUUUGAGCCCGUUUAAGUGAACCUCAGAGAACUGAAAACUCUCCUGUCACAAAGGCAGCAGCUGGUUUUGAUGCUCUGCCACAGAGGGAACUAAAUCCAACACCUCUGAAAGCUAAAAGGCAGACGCUGGCUCUUUGCUUCAGCCACUCAUUGGUAGUGAAAUCUUCUAGCCCAGAUCACACUGACACAGACAUCAACACAAUCUCUGUGGCCUGCGUCCUCUAAUGCAUAAGCAGAACCAGCAGAAAUGUGCCCCUGCUAAAAGGAACACAUCCAUUCAUAUUCUCCCUUGGCCUUGUGCUGGAGAACUCUGCAAACAAAGAGGAUGAGCUCAUUCCACUUUGCUUUGGCCUUUCUCUACCACUUGCUUGUUGACCUUUCCCUAGCCCCCACCAUGGACUCAAUUCCUCAUCCAGCCAAAUACUGCUCCUGACAUAGAAUCAGAAUUUUAAGCCUGGUGUCCUACUUGCAGAAUGGUACUGCCAAUUGUUUGUUUUCACAGUCUCACUGGCAGCUUGAUGUCUAUGUGUGUGCACAUAUGUGUGGAAGAUGACGAAAAAGAAGAAGAACGGGAGAAGAGAGAGAAGGGAAGAGUGUUUGGUAUUAUUUUUUCUAACUGUGCCUCAGCAGCUGUACCAUUGAAUGACUGGUCUAAGUCAGGAUCUUGUGUGGCCUGUGCUCAAAUUUCAUAAGCAGGUGGUGCUAUCCCUGGGCUCAGAGCAUUAAAAAAACUUCUUUUGUGAGCUGAGCUCCUGAGAUGUGUGAACAUCUGGAUCCAGACCCUGAAGAGGGCCAUAAGAACUCUGUGCUGAGUUUGUUAGGCUUCAUGCCAGGCUCACAAAGCAGAAGGAAAAGGGAAGGUGGUUUAUUAAAUAAUCUUUACUGAGUCUUUUUUAUUGUGGGAGCUUCCCAGCCCAGCCAUGUUAUCAGUUCUGUACCUCAGCUCUCCACACCCACAGCAGCCCUUCUUCCAUGGACAGCAAAGAGUUCAGCCAGGUGUGAGCUGGUAGUUCCCAUUUUAAUUUUCCUUUUCUUUCAAUAAAGAAACAUGACAGAAGAUCUACCACAGGUACUGGACAGGUUUUGCCUCACAUAACUUUUGGCACCUUGCAUGAGUUCUGGACCUCUCCUCAAGUCACUCCACUGUCCCCAAAGUGCCUAAGCCAUGCUGAACAGACUUGAGAGCAGGCACUCUCCCCUCCCUUCUGCCCAUCCCUUUCCCUUCCCACUCUGAACUGGCAACAUGGGACACCACAGACAUCCUUGGCUCAUGUAUGAAUGUGAGAAGCAUUGUCUCAGAUACUUUCCCCCUCAGCAGUCAAGGAGGUGUUGAAGCACUUACUUACACAAGACCAAAGAGAAGCAUGGUUCAUUGUUUGGAUUCUGAAUAUCUCUUUGUCUUUCCAUGCCAUUGUUUUAUUUGCAUCACCGGUCUGUUCAAUCUCAGGUAAAUGAGGUCUUUUGUUUUUUUAACUAGUUUUUAUUUACACAGAAAGGUUGGUGGCUAGACACUGCAGCCAUUUUCCUUCACAGCUCCAAGACCUUACUUGUUAGUAAAAAAAAAGUCAAAGGGCCUCCACAUUUGGAGGGUAAAUGAUUUAGUUUGCCAUUGACCUUGUAAACUCACAUUUAUAUUUAGAGAAAGCCAUAUGAAAUCAGACUGCAAUAUUAAUUAUGAAUGCUACUCUUGUGUUUAAAAUAAAUAAAACAAAAUAUAAGAUCAUGUGCUAAAUCACUUUGGAGUUCCUCUGUCUAUGUUUCUAGUACCGUUUGUUGGCUUAGGUCCCUCCCAGCCUCUCUCCUUUGUCAAGAAAGAUCAUACCAAUGCUGCUGAAUACAUCUUUUUGGCAAGCUUACUGUGCUAGAAUAAGCAUUGUUAGAAAUUAGCUGUUGUGACCUCAACGUAAUGUCUUAUGUAUCUGAAAGUUGUCUGUAUCUGUUCUGAAUAUCAAAUUAACUGUUUCUUCAUGCACUGAGUUAGUAAAAUGUUUCAGUACUGUCAUUAAAAUAUUGCUUGUUUUCUGUCUUUCUCUCACACACAGAGCAAAAUUGAACUUAGCCAUGCAUUUUCUAGUAGAAAUGCUCCCCAGCUUUCUUUCAGAUGCAUGCAGUAGUCUCCAAGCAACUAGAAGAUGAUUUAAAGUAGAGAUUUUGUGAAUGUGAAUUUCAUUUGUUAUUUGCCUGCUACUUUUUCCUGCAUGAUGUGGGUAAAUGGUAUGAUGCUCCUUUAAAAUGGAAUCACAGCCAAUAAAAAAACCCAGUGAUUUCAUACA